AACGUGCAUCGCGGCAUUCGCAUUCGAGCGGUUCGAAGGAGCGAAGGUGAUUGUGCGCGUUUUCUAACGUAAUCCGUAAUCCAUCCGCGAUUGCGCACGUGUGGGUGUACGUGCGCUCGCGCGCGCGCGCGUAGUACAGAGAAUCGGAGACGGUUUCACGCGUGAUUUUUUGCCGCAUUUCCACGCUUGACAAUCCGUCAGUUAUCGGUUAUCGCGCACGGCAGUGGCGAACGGAUCGCUCGCGGAGAAGUCAUGUUUGCCGAGCGUUGAACCGGAGAAGCGUCUCUAAGACGGAAACGACCGCGCGAACGAGUGACAACGUGUGUGCGUGCGCGACGACGGAUCUCUCUUUCUCUCGGUGACUUUGCCGCGUCUGUCGUAUCCAGUGAAAAAGAAGAGGUAACAAGAUCGCUCGACAUGUAUUCCGACGGGGGCCACGAAGUGGAUGGCAGCUGGGUGCUGCGCGUCUACGUGACAGACCUGCAGGUCGAGAGGAGUUUACGCGUGAAGGGCGAGCUACACAUCGGCGGUGUCAUGCUACGUCUCGUGGAGGAUCUGGAUAUCGCUAUGGAUUGGUCGGAUCACGCUCUUUGGUGGCCGGCGCGGAAUCAUUGGCUCACCAGGACGCGCAGCACUCUGGACCAGUAUGGCGUAGCGGCGGACGCACAGCUGCACUUCACGCCGAUGCACAAAACCUUGAGGGUGCAGUUGCCAGAUAUGCGCUGCCUCGACUGCCGAGUCGAUUUUUCCGUCAAGACAUUCAACGCGGUCAUCAAUUUGUGCAAGGAACUUGGCAUCAGACACCCAGAGGAACUGUCGUUCUGUAAACCGCUCGAGCCGAAUCAUCUGAAAUACAAUUUGAAGGAUCUACCGGUCAAGAAAAAGAUCGAAAAUCAGAAGAACGGUCAUUGGAAUGUGCCGGCCGACACGAAUACCUUCAUUCCGGCCAGCCAGAGUCCCAGAGGAUCCACAGGAAGCUUAGAUCAAUCCAAUCCGUUCAUGUGCGCGCCGGUUACGCCCAACAGAAAUCACAGCACACCGAUCAGCUCGCCUGUCUCGCAUACUGGCACAUGGAAGAGAAACAACAACUCGUCCGGCUUCGGCAGCACCGGCUCUUUCAAUGCCAACAACAGCACGAUGAGUCUGGAGGCAUUAAACGGCGGUCUAUCAGAGUCCUUGGCACAAAGUCCGACGUCGAUCUCGCCGGAGGUGCGAGCGAAGCUGAUCAGGCCGAAGAGCCUGAUCGAGAGAGCGCGAAUGAACGUGUCUUGGCUGGACUCCUCCCUGUCGAUCAUGGAGCAGGGUAUUCGCGAAUUCGAUACGCUCAGGUUGAAGUUCAAGUUCUACUCCUUCUAUGAUCUGAAUCCCAAAACCGAUGCGGUGCGAAUCAACAUGAUCUACGAGCAAGCCAAGUGGCAGUUGCUCGCCGAGGAGAUCGACUGCACCGAAGAAGAAAUGCUGAUGUUCGCGGCGCUUCAGGUGCAGGUGAAUCUCCAGGCGAGCGUGCCUCAGCCCACUUACGACAGCAACGGCGCGACCUCGCCCGUCGAGGAUGACAUCGAUGCGGCCUUGACAGAUCUGCAGGUGACGUUGGAAGGUAGCAGUAUCAGCAACGGGCCCAGCGACAUCACGCAAGUGCCUGAGCUCUGCGACGAGUUGCGUUUCUUUAAGCCGAAACGCUUCACUCUCAAAGCCUUCAAGCGUUAUUGGUUCACAUGUCGGGAUCUGCAGCUGCGGCUUUAUAAGAGCCGCGAAGAGAUCAGCGGUUCGGACUCGCCGGCAUACGUGAUUAAUUUGCGCGGCUGCGAGGUCACGCCGGAUGUACAUCUGUCGCAGGGUCGUUACGGGAUCAGAUUGGAGGUGCCUAGCGCGGAGGGUAUGACCGAGAUGUGGAUCAGAUGUGACAACGAGCAACAAUAUGCAAAGUGGAUGGCUGCGUGCAGAUUGGCCGCCAAGGGCCGUACUCUCGCCGACGCGUCUUAUGAGAGCGAGGUCAACAGCAUUAUUGCUUUCCUGCAGCUUCAGAGGCCCGCUCCUGCGCCAGCGAUCAAUCCCAACUCUUUGGACAUCGUUCCAGAGGAUUACGUGGCGCCUAGAUUCGCGAAGAAGUUCAAAGGAAAGCUGGUCCAGAGGAUCUUAGAGGCACAUGCGAACGUCAAGGACUUGUCGCUCGUCGAAGCGAAGUUGAAUUACAUCAAAGCUUGGCAAUCUCUACCAGAAUACGGCAUUUCUCUUUUUAUUGUACGAUUUACUGGCAAAAAUAAAGACGAGCUGCUCGGCAUUGCUAACAAUAGGUUAAUGCGGAUGGAGCUUCAUAGCGGCGAUCAUUUGAAGACCUGGAGGUAUAACACCAUGAAGGCGUGGAAUGUCAAUUGGGAGGUGAAGCACAUGAUGGUACAAUUCGAGGAGGAGAAUAUCAUCUUCGAAUGCCAAUCGGCUGAUUGUAAAGUCGUUCAUGAGUUCAUAGGGGGCUACAUAUUCUUGUCGAUGCGCUCGAAGGAGGCGAACCAGACGUUGAACGAGGAAAUGUUCCACAAACUGACUGGCGGAUGGGUCUAAUAACGCGAUAAGCGCACACGAUGAGUGUGUAUAAAGGGGUUCUCUAACGCAUCUCUUUUUUAAUGAGCAACUGUGGAGCGCGUUCUGUCGAUUUUAUUUAUGCGCAUUACAUCAAUGAUAAACGUCUGUUUCGAGGACAGACGUUCAGCAGAAAGUAGCCGCUUGCAACACGGCUAGCUGACACUUGUAAAAAUACCUAAUCCCGCUCGUGAUUGUCAGAUUUUAACAGAUCGUAGAUUGUAAAUAGAAAAUACCGCGCUCCUUUUACAUACGAAUGCAACAGAGAAGUCCGUUUUAGGGAAUGUAGAAUUACCUUAUACUGCUCGAUGGUGGUACAUAAUUCGAAAGAAAUAUUCACCAUUGGUGCGGUUGGAUGGAUCAUAUAAGGUAUAAAAAAUGCAUCUUGAUAACAGUAAUAUCGAAAUCAUUGACUUUUUUCCGCGGAAAAUUAAAUUUGUACAUUCGCGAUAACUUUUGAGAAAAUCACGACGGAGUUUUUAGAAAUGUUUACGAAAGAUAAAUUGUACUUUUACACGAGAUUUCUUCUACUCACGAAGAAUUUGUCGUUAACUAUAUUGAACCUCACUCGAAUACGUCACACGCACACAAAUAAGAAUGUCGCGGCACGUAUCGCGUCGAAGUUGUAAUAACGUUUCACUCGUCUGUCAUUAAGCAACUCGAACAGGUGAUUAUAAUUCCCCUUGCGUGUCAGUGUCAUCUCAUUGUUACAAGGUGCUAUAAGGUAUAUAACGCCAUACGAUGGCGCGAGACAUCUAAUCGUGUAUAAAUUAUUUGUUAUUUUAAUGUAAAUUAGAGUAUAUAGAGCAACAAACUAUAUCAAUUGUAUCGUUAUCACAAAGUAUCCAUAUGAAAUAUCACGUUAUAUGUAUAUGUAACCAAAAAAGGUAUAGUUUUGUAUAUUAAUAGGCGGUAACUGUAUAAUAAACUUAUCAUUAAUA